AUGCACCAAUUCCUGAUCGCAAUGUUGCUGUUGAUAUCGUUAGCCGCGGCGAUGCCGUUCCCUGGCUACGGUGGAGGAGGAAUGAACGGCGGAAAUAUGGGAGGGAUGUACGGUGGAGGCGGCCAGUACGGUACGUUACACUUUGCAAGGAUUAAGGACUUGUUAUGUGGCGGUAUGGGGCCCGGGAUGAUGGGCGGCCCGGGGCCAGGCAUCGGCGGGCCUAUGAUGGGA